CAUAUCAAAGUAACACAAAAGCUUGCAAUCUCAAAAAAAAAUUCACAAAUAGCCAAUCUCUCCUCUUUCCGAACCAACAAUUCCACUAAAAGGUGAACAAAGAGAAAUUAUCAGUAGCAAGAGAUGGAAGUAUGAGCAUUAGUUGGAAAUGAAAUCAACAUUUCUGUUGUGUUUUCUUCUGCUUUCUACUUACCUUUGCAAUGGGAUCGCAUCAACUUCAUCUGCAAUGCAUACGAACAAUUGGGCUGUUUUGGUCUGCACUUCUCGUUUCUGGUUUAAUUACAGACACAUGGCUAAUACUUUAUCUUUGUACAGAACUGUAAAACGAUUGGGCAUACCUGAUGAAAGAAUUAUUCUGAUGUUGGCUGAUGAUAUGGCUUGCAAUUCUCGGAAUAAAUACCCUGCACAGGUCUUUAACAAUGAAAACCACAGGCUAAACUUAUAUGGAGAUAACGUUGAGGUAGAUUAUCGAGGUUAUGAAGUAACGGUUGAAAAUUUUUUGAGGGUGUUGACUGGUCGUCACGAAACAGCUGUCCCAAGAUCAAAACGUCUUCUUAGUGAUGAAGGAAGCCACAUACUUCUGUACAUGACAGGGCAUGGUGGAGACGAGUUUUUAAAAUUUCAGGAUUCAGAGGAGCUUCAAAGUCAUGAUUUAGCUGAUGCAGUGAAACAAAUGAAAGAAAAGCGUAGAUUCAAGGAGCUGCUAAUAAUGGUUGACACUUGCCAAGCUGCUACUCUUUUCUCUCAGCUUCAAUCACCCGGCGUUUUGGCAAUUGGGAGCAGCAUGAAAGGGGAAAAUUCGUACUCGCAUCACUUGGAUGCUGAUGUUGGUGUUUCAGUUAUAGAUCGAUUCACAUUUUAUACCCUUGCUUUUUUUGAGAGGGUGAACAUGUAUGCUAAUGCCUCAUUGGGCAGUCUUUUCAGUUCAUAUAAUCCAAAUAUGCUGAUGUCAACUGCAUAUUAUCGAACAGAUCUAUACCCUCGUCAACUAGAAGAGGUACCAGUGACAAACUUUUUCGGUUCAGUCAUGGAGACGAUACACACUGAUUCUGCUUAUAAAGCAUUCACUGGUAAAGAUUCCACAAAGUCCACAUUAAAGAUGCCUCUUGGGAAAUCCAGCCAAGACAUACGACGAACACUAGCAAGUUCAGAUGUUCAGUGUCCAACUAGUGACUCAAAUGUUGAGGAUCCACAAGAUUCUUGUCCUUCCACACAUUUUUGGAAUUCAGUGGAUGAGAAAAUGAGAAAGGUUAAGGGUCUAGAUACCUGGGUGAACUCUGGCUUGUUGUUGAUGUUUCUGUUGGUGGCAUUUUCCUCUUGGCUCUCAUUUUGAAGAAGUGGAGGCAUAUCGAUUGAUACCCCAAAGGAGCUCUAUUGGUCCUGCGUUAUUUGACUUCCAAGUUUGUUCAAAAUGUUGGUUCAAUGCAAGCUGUUCAUCUCAGGAAAAGUGCACAAGCGGCCAAUUGAGGCGCACCAUUUUACUGCAAAAUAGAGAUUAUUGUACCUUUGACAAGUAGAGCAAUAUAGAAAUUAUUAACCAUUGGUAGAUGUCAUAUAGCUGGUGCUAUUACAGUUAAUUUAAGCUUUAUGGGGAUCUCUUUGAAUGAUAUUGUGCUUCAAGAUAUACUGUUUUGAAUGAGCACUUUAUUCAAGCUUUAUCUGAAA